GGUUAAUGAAAAUCGUCCUGUAGAUGUAACAGACUUGAAAAAAAAAUGUCGCUGUAGAUGAUGUCGUCCUUAAACGAUUAAUUAAUAAGGAUUAUGAACAGUUUUAUACACAAAUUCAAAAGAAUAAGUCGCUUUAUAAACUGUUAAGUGAUGAUCAUGCUUUAUUAGGGCGAUUAGCUUUAUUAAAAUACGCAGAUAAUCAGCAACUAUUAAUGUUUCGCAAAAUAAUAAGCGAUAAAAUUAUCGAAAGUGAAUUAGUGAACUCUACGAGUUCAGCAUUGCCAUUUACUAUAACAAGUCAAAAAUAUCAGGAAUUGGCCAACUCCGUUACAGAAUUAUUUAUUAACGAAAAACCGGAACUUUAUUAUGAACCAGGAUACACAUCGUACAAAACAGUCAAUGGUCCAAAAGUUGCUGAAAAAAAAAUUGUUCUGGCUUGUUACAUAACUCUUAUCUCAAAUUAAGAGAUUAUUUUCGAAAAGCUCAACUAAUAAAAGUAACUUACGUGUCGAAAGAAGGCACUGCUAAAAAAACUAAGCAUCUGUUUAGAUUUUGAAAGAACAUUUUACACACGAUGUGGUGAUGGACUUUUAAAUUCAAAAAGUCUAAGCUCUAAGUGGCCAGUAUUAGCAGAUGCAGUUAUUAAAGUAGCAAAAAAAAGAUGUGAAGUGGAAGGCAAAACUUGAAUAACUAAUGUCCCACAUGCUGUUACCGAAGCCACUGAAUGUAUAAUUCCAGAUUGUAAUAAUCUUUGCGAUGUGCUCAAUGAAAACCACACUUUACACAAUAAUGAUCAUAAAAGUGCCUUGGCAUUUCUAAUCAUUCCUCAUUUGAUUAAGUUCUCGUUCAAAAGGCCAGCUAAUUGUACGUGGACGGUAACGAGAGCACAAGCUAAGAAAUUUUACAUUCAACACAACAAGACACACGAAGAUCUUAAAACGUCUAUCGAUCAGCAUCGAACAUUGCACACAGAUUCUUAUCUACAAACUGUACCAUACGCGGUAUUUUGUGGACGGCUGCACUCCUUAGAAUGUUGUCAUGUCGUCAUAGAUGAACUCUGUUAUGAUUUUAAAAACAAUGUCGAUGCUAUCGAUUUACUGUUUAAACUUUUUUUUACGUUAAAAAUUGAUUACCCUAUUAUGUGUUCACAUAUUUGGGCUUUUUUCCAGAGACAUAUUUAUGGAUUAGAAAAAGCAAGGACAGUCGCUUCACGACCGAUAAAUGAAUUAAUUAGCGAUUUAACCAGAUAUCCUACAAAUUAGAUUUUAGUUUAAUAUUUAUUGUUCGUAGUUUAGCUUAAUACUUAUUUUUAAGAGUUAAUUUUUCAAGAAAUUAUCAAGAUUGUUAUUGUUCGCGAUACUCGGAUGAAAAUGGAUCUAUAUAACGAAAUUUUGAUGGCGACUUGCCAGUUGUAUGGUAACUUAAGAUUUUCUAGAAAUGAUGUGCAAUUUAUUAUAGAGUUUGUACAAAAUUUCGUUGAGAAUAUAUAUAAUCCUCGUUUGCACAAGCAAUUAUCCGAGAACUUGUACAACGCAGUUAGUGAAGAAGCUACUGACGAAAUUCGUAAAACUUUUAAAAAGUAUAAAAAUGUAUUUGGGGAUUUUAACACUGAAGAUAAGAGGUUACGGAUAUAUAAGCAACAUGGUUUUCUUAUAGAUCCAAUAGAUGUUCCUAUUGCAAGCUCAGAGAGAUCAUCGGUAUGUGGAGAAAAAAUCAGUAUAAAAAAUAAAUAUAUUACAAUAACUCACAUACCGUUAAAAUAUUCGCUUACACAAUUCUUACAAAUCGAUAGACUGUUUGAUGCACUAAUCGAGUACAAAGACUUUUUAAUGCAAGACCAAACGGCACUGACAAAUUUCGUGCAAGGACAAUUAUGGAAAAAACAACUGUCUGAGUUUGAUAAAGAUGGUGUUGUUCUUCCAUUAUUUGGUUAUCAUGAUGACGUUGAAACCGGCAAUUCUAUGGGAUCUCACUCAAAAAUAAACGAAGUCGGAGCAGUGUACGCUACGAUUCCGUGCUUGCCAACGAAUUUCGCAUCAAAACUGGAAAGCAUUGUCAUGUCAGAUAUUUUCUACAGUAAUGAUAGAAAACAGUACGGCAAUGCACUGAUCUGUAAGUCGUUCAUUGCAGACCUGAAAAAAUUAAGGGAAGAAGGCAUAGAGAUACAAAUCUGCAAUAAAAAGAUUAAAGUAUACUUCAUAACAAGUUUAAUACUUGGGGAUAACCUUGGAUUAAAUAGCAUGCUAGGGUUUACGUCUUCUUUUACUAAAACUAUGUGGUGUCGAAUAUGCUAUGCUAGUCCUGAUAAGAUACAUUUUAUGACGAAUGAAGACGAGCGUUUGUUAAGAACUGUUGAGUCUUACAAGAACGAUGUAAAAAAAUUAUGCGUAUCUGAAUCUGGUGUAAAUGAAUAAUGUAUUUUCCACGAAAUUACUGAUUUUAAUGUCAUUGUAAACUCUGCUGUAGGCGUUAUGCAUGACGUUUACGAGGGAGUAUGCAAUUAUACAUUGGCAGAUAUUAUAUUAAAAUUUGUAGUAAAACGAGAAACUGUUUAGUAUAGAUGUAUUGAUUUAUAAAUUACGAUCCACGAAUUUUGGCUUCGAAACAUCUAAUACACCACCAUUAAUUAAUUUAGACUAUGUGAAAAAAAAUAGAAGACUGGAAAUGUCGUCAUCUGAAUCACUUUUUUUGUAGAUAUUUCGGUAUAAUUGUCGGAGAUUUAGUUGCACGCGAUAAUAUUCACUGGAAAUUGUACAAGAAGUUAAGGGCAAUUAUUCAUUUAAUAACAGCUCCAUCUCUCAAAUACUCCGAAAUUUUACAGUUAGAAACUUUAAUUGAAGAAUUUAAUGACAUGUACAUUCAACUUUUUGGAUAUUUGUUGCCAAAAUUUCACCUAUUAGUUCACUAUACAGAUAAUUUUAAAAAAUAGACCCGUUAGUAAAUCAUCAUCAAUGCAAUUCGAAUCUUUUCAUCGCAUUAUAAAAGCAAUCGUUCUCAAUUCUUCUUCGCAUGUUCAAAUUUUGAAAACUGUGGGUACAAGAUAUUUAUUAAGUCUUAUGAAUUCCCAGUUUUCAAAAUAUGAAAAUGAUUACUUUUGGUUCAAAGGAAUCGAAUGAUUUAUCAAACGAUUUUGUCUCGUCAUCAAAAAUCAAGUAUGCCGUUAAUAGUAUUACUAUAAAUAAUUUUAAUUAUUCAAAAGGUACUGUGAUUAGCCUAAACUUUGUUGAUAAUUUGCCUGUAUUUGGUAAAAUUAACAAUAUUUUCGUAGUUGAUAAUAAGAUUGAAUUUCAAUAUAUACUCAUAAAGACAGUUGGAUUUGAUCCACAUUACUUUGCGUACAGCAUUACAGUUGAUGAAACUGAAGAAAUCAAAAUUGCCGAAUACAGUUUAUUGUCAAUAAAAACUCCUUGUUUGUUAUUUGAAACAAGAGAUUCGCAAUUUAUUGUAACGAGACACACGUUGUAGAUACUUAAAUACAAAUAAAACUUUUUCAAUCAUUAAAACUA